AUGGAUAGUAACAACAGAGUCCCCUUGUUCUUGGGGUCUACAAACUUGCACCAAGAUGAGGAUGUUACCCCCUUCCCAUGGGUGCUCAAUGAGGGGAUGGAUGAUCUUCGAGUAGAGCAAGAUAUGUUACCUAUAAGUAAUGGGGUGAUGAGAAUAGAAGAUGAUAAUGGUGAUGCUUUUUGUGUGAAGAUAGUUGAUUAUGGUUUAUUAGAGGGUGGUCUUCGGCUUGGCGAGUGGAGGAGGCCAUGGUGGCUUGGUGAUGUGUUUAGCCAUAUGGAGGAGGAUAUGUUUUUUGGAAGGUUCGGUUAG